UAUUACCCUUCAGAGCUUCGAACCCGAGAUAGGGUUUUCAUUUGGCAGCUCUCUGGAAACAAUUUGGGGAUUUCUCUCGGUUCAUCGGGGGAGCGAAAGGGACGCCGGCGCAGCCAUGUACGGACAACGAGGGGCAAUGUGGGGAAGCGGGGGGGUAUCGGACGGGUACGAGGUCGGCUCAAAGAGACAAAGAAUGAUGGAAUCAAAUCCCUACUUCGCAGUGAGCGGCAGUUCAAGCGGCUUCCAACCUUACAGCUAUGGCAGUGGAUAUCAGCCUUCUGCAUUUCCUGUGGUUCGUCUCAGGGGACUUCCCUUCAAUUGCACAGACAUUGACGUUUUCAAGUUCUUUGCUGGGCUGGAAAUUGUGGAUGUGUUGCUGGCGAACAAGAAUGGGCGGUUCUCAGGAGAGGCAUUUGUGGUCUUCGCGUCACCCAUGCAGGCUGAGUUUGCCUUACAGAGAGAUAGACAGAACAUGGGAAGGAGAUAUGUGGAAGUUUUCAGGUGCAAGAAGCAGGAUUAUUACCAUGCUGUGGCUGCCGAGGUGCAUUAUGAAGGAAUUUAUGAUAAUGAUUACCAUGGAAGCCCACCUCCGGCUCGAUCUAGAAAGUUCCAUGACAAGGAACAAAUGGAGUAUACUGAAAUAUUGAAAUUGCGGGGUCUGCCUUUUUCUGUGACAAGAUCUGAUAUCGUGGAAUUCUUUGGGGAGUUCAAGCUGACAGAGGGAAAAAUACACAUUGCGUGCCGUCCUGAUGGGAAAGCUACUGGGGAGGCAUAUGUGGAGUUUUCCUCAGCUGAGGAGGCUAAGAAAGCAAUGCACAAGGACAAGAUGACUAUUGGAUCGCGAUAUGUGGAGCUAUUUCCUUCGACACCAGAUGAAGCCAGGCGUGCGGAAUCAAGAUCACGGCAGUGAUUGAGUUCACGUGAUUGGAAUUUUUAAUGCUUUUAUCAUGUUGUGCUUAGCAUUAGAACCAGCUGUCCUCAUUUUCCUUUAUGAUCUACUGUAGAUUAGAUUUGCUGCUGUGGAACUAAAUCUUCUCAGAACUCAGAAGGUGCUACUACACCUGACAGUGGUGAUGAGUUUCUGAAGCGUUUGUUUAGUUUGAUAUGGAUAUCCAUGCAUGAUGUUCUCAUGUCUCCUGGCCCCUUCUGCUUUCAUGGUUUUGUCAUGUUAACAGUGUGGACCAUAUUUUUAAUUUUGUGGAUUAACUGGAACGUGGAGUUUGUCAUAUGAACUAGAGGCUUUGUCUGGAGCCAAAAUUCAAUUUGACUGUGAUACCAAUUCUGGUCGCGA